AACUUUUUUUUUUUUUUUUUAAUUUUUUUUUUUGGGGACCAACCAAACUUAACCCGCUGUGUUCAACAGUGGAAAACAAUUAAUGCCUCGACUGUGCACCCAGCAUCACAAGGUGACCGACUUCUAAGGCUACCUUAAUUAUGUCAGAUUCUUUGGAAUAGGAAGAGGAUGUCUGAGAACAGAGAAGCUCUGCUGAAGCAGGAGGAGAGGUUUUACCAUGAUGAGAAUUGCCCAGGUUGUAACACUAAUAAGCUCAAGGAAUCUAAUCCUGGUCUACCUUUGAAGCACUUGUUCUAUGUUUUUAUUAUUGUGCUCUCCACAGCUUUGCCAAUUUCAGUGCUUUUUCCUUUCCUAUAUUUCAUGAUAGAGGAAUUCCAAAUAGCAAAAAGGGAGGAAGAUAUUGGUUUCUAUGCUGGUUUUGUGGGCUCUGCAUUUAUGUUUGGGCGAGCUUUGACUUCUGUAAUCUGGGGGAUAAUAGCUGAUCGAUAUGGUCGAAGACCUGUCAUGAUAUUUGGCACAGUUUCAGUGGCUAUUUUCAACACACUUUUUGGAUUCAGUAGAAGCUUUUGGAUGGCAGUAUCUACGAGGUUUCUCCUUGGAAGUUUGUGUGGCAUACUUGGACCAAUUCGGGCUUAUGCUUCAGAAAUUUGUCGUAAAGAAUAUCAAUCUAUGGGAAUGUCAAUAGUUAGCACUUCAUGGGGAAUUGGAUUGGUCAUUGGUCCAUCUCUUGGAGGUUUUCUUGCACAGCCUGCAGAGAAGUUUCCAACUGCAUUUUCAAAAGAAUCUCUUUUCGGGAGGUUUCCAUACUUGUUACCUUGUCUUUUGAUAUCAAUCUUGGCAUUGGCUGCAACUGUUGUUUGCUUUUGGAUCCCGGAAACUCUUCACUUUCAUAGUAGAAGUGAUGAAGAGAGUGAGGAUUCAUGUAAUGCACCAGCGCCCAGCACUUAUGCAGUUGAUAUGAGAGGAAGUUUGCAAAGAUAUGAGGAAAAAGGUCAAGAUUCUCAACAAAACCUUCUUAGAAAUUGGCCCUUAAUGUCAUCUAUUAUUACAUAUUGUGUUUUCCAACUUCAUGACAUGGCCUAUACUGAGAUUUUUUCAUUAUGGGCUAUUAGUCCUAGGAAGCAUGGAGGAUUAAGCUACUCAAGUGCAGAGGUUGGUGAAGUUCUUGCAAUUUCAGGAUUUGGUCUGCUCGUGUUUCAGCUACUUUUAUAUCCCCUGGUGGAGAGGACUUUUGGACCAGUAAUUGUAUCUCGAAUUGGAGCCGUCUUGACAAUCCCAUUGCUGUCAAGUUAUGCUUUCAUAGCUAUGCUAUCUGGCCUCACCCUCGCACUAUUGAUUAACUGUGCAUCUCUCCUGAAGAACUUGCUCUCUGUAACCAUCACUACAGGGUUGCUUCUCCUACAAAACAGGGCUGUGACCCAAGAGAAAAGAGGAGCUGCAAAUGGCAUAUCAAUGACUGCCAUGUCUUUAUUCAAAGCAGUUGGUCCAGCUGCUGGAGGUUCACUAUUUUCUUGGGCACAAAAGCGGCAAAAUGAAUCUUUUCUUCCUGGUGAUCAUAUGGUUUUCUUCAUCCUCAAUGUUAUUGAGGCUCUUGGACUACUGAUGACCUUCAAACCUUUUCUGGCUCUACCUGAUGACGAACAUUCAGUAGCUCAGUUGUAGAAGCUUCAAAAAUUCUCUUUUUCCUUUGAAACACAUACAGCAGAUGGAAGGAUUUUUCAUACUUUAGAGAUGCUGAUUUGGGUAAGGUCCCACAUGAUAAGCUUAUACUGAUUUGGUGUAAUUUUCUAUAGGUGUUGGGAUUCAUGCUCCAAAAAGCAUUGUAAAAUUGCCAUUUUGUUGGAUGUAUUUACGAAAAUAUUGGUCAUUCAUCUCAUAAAUUAAUGUACUAGUUAAUAAGUUCCAUUUUUA